UAUAUAUAUACAUUUACUUCAGUAUGUCUGCUUGGUAUGUUUCAACAGUUUUGUAGUCAGCUGUUGUUUCUAUUCCUUUGUGUAAAGAAUUCAUCUCUAGCAAAUGGAAAGGAACCUUCACUGGUUGGGACUGGACUGGCAGGACACCAGGAAAAUCCCGGCGGAACACCAAGAACAAACCCAGUGGCCUCGACCUUUUUGGGCCCCGCCAACCCAGACCCAAUCCCUGCCUUCUGUCCCCCCAUUGCUCCCCUGCUGUGCUCCCUCACCAGAUCACAGCAAAAGUAACGCCUGUCACCUACAGGAAAGAGAUAGAGACAGGACAAUGGACAUUUCUGAAUUGCAUACUUGCACUUUUCUAGCUGGGAUGAAUAUGACCAUACUGGACAAGGGAAUGUCAGUACAGCAGUUUGUGAAGCAGAAAUCCAUCAGUAAUUCAGCAUCAGGAAAUGAAGAUGCCUUUUAUGUCGCAGACCUUGGAGACAUAAUAAAGAAAUACUGGCAGUUCUCAAAAGGGCUACCUCGAGUAAAGCCUUUCUAUGCAAUGAAAUGCAACAGUACAAGGGCGGUUCUCCAAAUGCUGGCAUUUUUGGGAACAGGAUUUGCUUGUUGUAGUAUGGCAGAGUUAGAUAUGGUGCUGAGGAUGGGAGUACCAGCUGCUGACAUUGUCUUUGUCAACCCCUGUAAGCAGGUAUCUCAUAUCAGAUAUGCUGCAGAGUAUGGUGUGCGCAAAAUGACUUUUGAUUGUGAAUCAGAACUUUUAAAAUUAGCAGCAUCUUACCCACAGGCUGAGAUGAUUCUUCAAAUUGUAACUGACAACAAAGAGCCUUGGCACACCCUCAGUGGCAUUUGUGGUGUCUACAUCAGUGAGUGUGAGAAUCUUCUGAAGAAAGCAAAAAGCCUUAACAUGGAUGUAUUUGGUGUGAGUUUUCAUACUGGCUCUCGAUGCAAGGACACUCAUUCCUUUCACAAAGCCAUUGAAGAUGCCAGAAAGGUAUUUGAUAUUGGGAAAAACUUGGGACAUCAAAUGAGACUCCUGGAUAUUGGAGGGGGUUUUCCUGGGGACUCUGAGUCCCGACCAACAUUUGAGAAGUUUGCAGAAGUCAUCCGCAUAUCUCUGGACCAAAGCUUUCCCUGCAAUGAGGAUGUUCAGAUUAUCGCAGAACCUGGAAGAUUUUAUGUGACAUCUGCUUUCACAGCUGCUCUUAAUAUUGUUACUAAGAAGGUGGUGACUAAGAAAGAUGGAGAGGAAAGAAGACAAUUCUCCUAUGUCCUAAAUGAUGGAAUUUUUGGGUCAUUUUUUCUUAAUUAUAUGCAAAUGGAAGAGACAUGGCCAGUUGUAGGGAAGGACUUUGACACUGCACAGGAGCUCUUUCCCAGUAUACUUUGGGGACCAACAUGUGCAAGUGAAGAUAAAAUUGUGAAGGAUAUAGAUCUCCCAGAAUUGGAAAUGGGAGACUGGAUCAUUUUCCCAAACAUGGGGGCUUACUCCAUGUCAAUGACUUCCAAUUUCAAUGCAUUUUCUACACCCAAAAUAUAUUUUGUGUUCACCAGGAAAAUGUGGACUGUUGGACAGAUCCUAAAAAAAGAAAAGUUACUGCAGAAUCACCCUCAGAAUAAUUUGUAAUACAAUAAGAACCAGCAAUUUAUUUUACUGAGCUAUUUACUAAAUGCUUGACUGCAGAGUACGCAAUUGUUUAAAAUAUUUAGGCAUUGCAAAUAAGUAGUAAUUUUAAAAAUAAAAAAAUACUAGGUUAAAGCUUCUUUUAUCAGUUCUUGUGCUAUUUUCGUUUUGCAAAGUAAUAGUAGUGGGCUGAAUGUGAGAAAAUCUUCCUAAAAAUAUUGUAUUUGUUUGUCUGAAAACAUUACGAAAAUAUAGAUUUUCAGUUUAUAUAAUGGUUAAGAUUUUGGCUUAUAACAUACAACAUUCCUAUAUGUAAUAAAUAGCACAGCGUUUGUCCAGGUACAUUAACUAUUAGUAACCAAUGAAAUAGUACCUUUUAAUUAGUAACUAUAGGUGAUAAGAACUGUAGCAAACUUAUAUUACAUAAUCCCCACGGAAUGAGUUAUUUAUGCAUUAAAAGCUGACACCCUCUACGUCUUUAGAGCAUUUACUUUCUCUGCCACAUUGAUGGAUCAACUCAUCCACAGAUGCCUGGUGCUUUUCUGCCAUCAGAAAAAUAUAGGUGUACCUUUAGCCUUCAUGCAGGACCUCCUUCUUCAAUCUCUGCACUGGGGUCCCUCAGAUAUUUCUUUAAAGGUCUAUAUUUU